GAGUUGACCGUGUGCUGGUAUAAAAGCCAGGAAUGAGAUAUAAACAUUAGUUGUCAAUUAUUGUCUUCAAACACGAAUCAAAUAACAGUUUUCUCGCCGGGACGCUAUCAUGCCUCUGAACGCUAAACUAAGAUCUAUGGACCACGAGAUUGCCCAGUUAAACAUGACCACCCGGGACCUCAGGACUAUCAUUGGCUCCCUAGAGGCGCGGGUUGUAAGUCUAGAAGGAGGGAAACCAGUUUCUCCAUGUCCGGAGGGCGAGAAGGAAGCAGCCUCUGAUACUGAUGUAAAUCUACCAGGUUCUGAUGAGGAGAAAGAGGACGCACAAAAAGAGUUGAUUACAGCAGAACAUAUUAAGGAAUAUGAGGCCAAGAUGGCCAAGCAUCCCAUCAUUGCAAAAACCUCCGUCCUUUUCGACGUAAUGCCGAGGAGCAGCAAGACGGACCUCGAUAAGAUGCUGGCCUGCGUGAGGAGCAUCUCAAUGGACGGCCUCCAUUGGGGCGCCAAUGAGAGGGAGUCCGUGGCCUUCGGGAUCGAGAAGAUGAAGUUAAUGUGCACUGUCGAGGACGACAAGGUUUCUAUCGAGGAUCUUCAGAAGAGGAUGAUGGGAUUUAAGGAGUUUGUACAAUCUGUAGAGGUGGUGGCCAUGAACAAGAUUUAGAUAAUUUUCUGUUUUCUAGAUUUUUUAAUUGUAAAUAAAUUUUAUCCAAACUGCA